CCACCCUUGCGUCUUCGACAAACAGCAUAAUUCACAAUGUCCACGAACGGCAAAGAAGUGUCAUUCACAUCUUUGGACGCUAGCAAUGAGAAAAUAACAGCUGCCAAAAUGCCUUAUAAAAGCUACAGGCCUAGAUCCGUGUCUACAUGUUCAACAGACUCGUGUAGCUCUGCAAGUUUAUCUGAAGAUGAUACUCCAGUUAGGUCAAGAAAACAACUUAAUAGUUCUGGAUUUAGUGACUUUUGCAUUAAAGAUAUUAGGCUAAAGGAUUUUGGAAGACGUGAAAUUGAUUUUGCAGAACAAGAAAUGCCUGGCUUAUUGUCUUUGAGAAAAAAAAUGAUAGAUGACAAGCCAUUGCGAGGAGCUAAAAUUGUUGGAUGUACAUCUAUUACGGCUCCAACUGCUGUAUUAAUUGAAACAUUAGCUUCUUUAGGCGCUGAAUUAAGAUGGUGUGCUUGUAAUAUUUAUUCAACGCAGAAUGAAGUUGCUGCUGCUUUAGCAGAAGCAGGAUUCCCAAUAUUUGCUUGGCGAGGUGAAUCUGUUGAUGAUUUUUGGUGGUGUAUUGAAAAAUGUUUUGAAAGCAAGAACUGGAAACCUAACAUGAUUUUGGAUGAUGGUGGAGACGCAACUAAUUAUUGCCAGGCAAAAUGUCCUAGUGUUUUUAAAAAUUUAAUUGGGAUUGUUGAAGAAAGCACCACUGGUAUUCAUCGUUUAUAUAAAUUAUUGAAAGCAGAAAAACUAUUAGUACCAGCUAUUAAUAUCAAUAAUUGUGUAACAAAAACUAAAUUUGAUAAUCGUUAUAGUUGUAGAGAAUCUGUAAUUGUCAGUCUAAAGAAAUGUACUGAUUUAAUGUUUGGUGCAAAACAAGUUGUGUUAUGUGGUUAUGGAGAAGUGGGCAAAGGAUGUUGUCAAUCGUUAAAAGGACUUGGUUGUAUAGUAUAUGUUACAGAAAUUGAUCCAAUUUGCGCUUUGCAAGCAUGUAUGGAUGGAUUUAAAGUGGUUAAGCUGAAUGAAGUAAUUCGACUAGUGGAUAUUGUAAUUACAGCUACUGGUAAUAAAAAUGUAAUUGUUCGAGAACAUAUGGAUAAAAUGAAGUCUGGCUGUAUUGUAUGUUGUAUGAGUUAUUGUCAUAAUGAAAUUGAUGUGGCUGCAUUACAUACACCAGAGUUAAAAUGGGAAAAGGUACGUUCACAAGUAGAUCAUAUCCGUUGGCCUGAUGGAAAAACUAUGAUUUUGCUUGCUGGUGGUCAUCAUGUAAAUUACACUUGUUCUAGCAUUCCAUCAUUUGUCACGUCUAUUACUGCCGCAACACAAGUACUUGCAUUAGUGGAAUUAUUUAAUGCGCCAAUUGGUCGCUAUAAGAGUGAUGUAUAUUUACUGCCAAAAAAAAUGGACGAGCACGUGGCAAGUCUUCAUUUAGCAACAUUUGAUGCUCAUCUUACAGAACUUAGUGAAGAACAAGCCAAGUACAUGGGAUUACCAAAAAAUGGCCCAUUUAAACCUAAUUACUAUAGAUACUAAAUGAAAUAAUAAUUUAAAAAUAUUUUUAAUUCUUGUUCAAAAACACAAAUAUAAAAUUACACCUACUUUAUUAUAGGGAAUACAAUAUUAUUUUUAUAUACAUGAAUAUUUACAUAAUAUUUAAAGAUAAUUAAGGAAAAACUGAGUACUCUGAAAAUUCCAUUCUUUUUAUACUAUUUCUCCUCACAUAAAAAUU